AUGACUACACCGAGUCAAUUUAAUGUGAAGUAUCUCCCAACAAAGCAGGAUAUUCAUUCAGACUACGAGAAUUUGGAUGGAAGCAGUAGACUCUUGCCAGAAAUUCUGGCCACUGCUAUAUUCGAUGGAAACCGUGAGAUUCUUGGCGAGCCUACAAGUUAUGAAGAUUCAGAGAACAAAACCAGCUUGAAAAAGAAUAUCAACACUGCUUGCAAACCCGAAUGGAAGCGUCUUGAAGAUGAAAUGUUCCGUGUGUGCAGAGGGUUGGGGAUGAAUCCUAUCCACUGCAAGAGCCACAGACCAGUGUCAGAACUGAAGAAAUCUUUGGAUGCUACCAAUCCUCUGCAUUCUGCCUUUCAAAAGUUCACAUGCACUCAACGCAAUUUUGUAUCGGGUGAGUCAACAUAUGGAUUCUGUAACUCCUGUUACAAGUUGGAUAAGGACAUCCCUCUGGGAGAAAUUUGUAUGCAGCCCAUCAUCCAAUACAAAUUGAUGCAUGAUCCACCCUCUAGUGAUGAUACCAUAUGUCCAAAAAUCGAGGUUCUUGCAAUCUACUUUCAUAGAUGCCCCACUGAAGCUGCGCAGGAUCGCCCAUACGCCUCCGUGCUACCAAAGAAUGGAGGUUCUGGUAUUUUUUCCACUUCAUGCAAUCGAACUGCCAUUGUUGGAACAACCUACGACAAGAUUCUUCAUACUACUUUGGAAAUCAACUCGGAUGACGACACACCAGAGUUUUGGACGUCCGUCAACCAUGGCUCCGACUCCUAUGGUGUUGAUGACAGGGUUAUGACCCGAUUAGCUUCAUCUGACACUGAGCAUGGAUUUGACAAUACCGCACAAUCGAAACAAGACCAUGUCGAUCAUUUGGCGGCACACCAGAACAUGAUUUACAAAUCCAUUUUAGUUCUGUUGAAUGCAACUGGAAAUGCUUUUGAGUUUUCCCUAAAGGGUUUUGCACAUUCGCGGUAUUAUUGGCCUCCCACGUCCGCGUUGGCAAAUGAAGGCAGCAAUAUCUUUUGA